AUGACGACGCGAUAUCAAAGUGGUGGGCUACCAACAAACAGCAGUGAUGCCUACAAACCAUUGUUGGACCACCCAUCACAACAGUUCUCAGCAGCACCGUAUUACAAGAAAAAGUCUUCAACACGACUCGGUCUAAUUGCGGCUGCAUUGACCGUGUUUGGCGUUACGAGUAUUUACCUGGGCUCACAACUACCAAACAAUGACGAGUACAGCACUUUCGUAACCAGCGUGAAUGCACAAGGCCUUUGGGGCGGUGAAGGAGGUUCUGUGAUAGCACCCGGCAUUUCAUACACGUCAUUUCAAUACGGCUUAUCAAAAUGCCAACAGCACGACGUCGACCAGCAACAGCAGCAGUCAACGAGCAGCAAUAAAAGUAGUGAUAGCGGUUCGUCCUUACCACGUCAACGAAACCCCCGUGGUCCUAGCAACUCAAAACUGCUGAUAAAAAAUGGUCAUAUUUGGCUGGGUGACCGUUAUCUUGACGGUGAUAUUUUAAUCCAAGAUGGUUUAAUCAUUAAAGUCCAACACGGGCUUGAGGUGCCUGAGGACGACGAGAACGUACGAGUGAUUGAUGCAGCUGGCCGUGUCGUAAGUCCCGGUAUUGUUGACAUGCAUACACACGCUACUGCCGCUAGUUUCCCCGGAUUGGACGCGUUGGCGGAUGAAAAUGAAAUGACACAUCCAACUACUCCUUAUGUCCGAGUGAUUGACGCUAUCAAUCCAAGCGAUCCCGCAAUCAAAAUCAUAUCCAGUGGUGGUGUUACUACAUCAUUAGUUUUGCCAGGAUCGGGCAAUCUCAUGGGCGGUGAAGCUGCUGUCAUCAAGUUACGUCCAGUUCCCACUUUGUCGAACCAGGACAUGCUGAUCACAGCCGGUGUCGACGAAGAACAAGACAAUGAGAAAAUAUGGCGGUACAUGAAAAUGGCCUGUGGAGAGAACCCUAAAUCAUGGUAUGGUGCGGUCUUUAACCGAAUGCCAAUGACACGAAUGGGUGAAGCGUACCUGUUCCGACAUCGAUUUGAAGAAGCUCAAAACCUCAAGCGAAAACAGGAUGAUUGGUGUGACGCCGCACAACGCAUCAACAAGACAUUGGAUGACAUUAGCGAUCAAGACAGAAUGACACGCCUUUCCGAACGCUAUCCAGAAUCACUCAAAUUAGAGAGUCUGGUAGCACUACUGAGACAUCAAGUCAAGCUAAACGUCCAUUGUUAUUUGCCUCAAGAUCUAGAGGCUAUGGUACAGCAUUCGCUCGAGUUUGAUUUUGAAAUUGCAGCGUUCCAUCACGCACUCAGCGCUUGGCAAGUGCCUGAAGUACUCAAGCGAGCAAAGACAAACAUCACAGUUGCUACUUUUGCAGAUAUGUGGGGAUACAAACAAGAAGCAAUGGAUCAGAAUGUGAAUGCACCGAAUAUCUUGUCAGAAGCUGGUAUUCCUGUGGCUUUCAAGAGCGACCAUCCCGUCAUGAAUGCGAGAGACUUGUUGCAUGAAGCCCAGAAAGCAUAUCACUAUGGUUUCAAUGAGCACAAAGCAUUGGCCGCACUUACAAGCGUCCCUGCAAAUGCAUUAGGUCUCGGCCAUCGUGUAGGAAGCAUUGAGCCGGGUAAAGACGCUGAUAUUGUUAUUUGGGAACGGCAUCCACUGCGACUCGGUGCCCGACCCAAACAGGUGAUUGUGGAUGGCAUCGAGCUGGAUUAUCAAACAUCAUGGACCAAGCACGUUGAUGAAAUGAUGGAAGAUAAACAAGACGGCGAUAAGUCAACUUUGGAAGAAGAAGACAAAGUGCUUGAAGAGAAAGAAGAUCCUGAAAUGCGACAUUGGCUCCCUGUACCAUCAAGCGGAACAAUGAAAUUGGAAGAUCAUGGAAUGGAUAACCCCGUCAUUUUGGAAGAAGCCUGCUCACCCAACACUGAUUCAUUUGUAUUGCGUAAUAUCAGCCGUCUGUACAUGGGUCCUGAACAGACAUACAGUGGAUCUGUUUAUCUUGUUGUCAAGGAUGGUCAGGUGGCAUGUGCUGGUGAUGAGUGCGAUCGUGAUCAUAUUGAGUGGCCCUCGUCUAGCCCGGUCUUUGAAAUGGGCGGUGCCGUUGUCAUUCCUGGUCUUGUGUCAAGCGGUAUUUCGCUUGGACUCGGUGAAAUCCAAGCAGAGCCAACUACUUUGGAUGGUUACGCAGAGAAUGAUGUUGCAGAUCCAGACUUGGCUCAAAAGAUUGCUCGUGCAGUGGACGGAUUAAAACUGGAUAGUUUGCAUCUCCAAAAGGCAUUCAAGGCAGGCGUUACUACUUCGGUUUCGCAGCCAUUAGUUGACUCGUCAUUGUUGGCAGGUGUAACUGUUGCCUUCAGAACGGGUGUCAAGAAUACUUUCCUCGAUGCAAACGACACUUUUAUCAAAGAAGAGGCAGCUUUGCAUUUCGCUAUUAGCCAUGCAGGCAAGCUUACAGUCUCUCAACAGAUCGCUGCAAUUCGAGAAUUACUCAGCUCUCCUCCUGGCGACAAUAACGGUAUUUUUGCACGCGCCGCACAAGGCCUGAUUCCAGUCGUUGUAGAAGCAAACGACAAAGACGAGAUAGCGUCCAUUGUCCAGUUAAAGCGUCAAUUGGUAUCCAAGGGCUCCAUCCAAUUCAUCAUUUUAGGCGGUGCUGAAUCAUACCUGGUUGCCGACCAUCUGGCUGUCAUGGAUAUCCCCGUAAUCUUGAAGCCUGCACGCUGCUUCCCAGGCACCUGGCAAGAGCGCUUAUGCUUGGCAGGUCCACCAAUGACACCAGAAACGGCCCUUGACAUCUUGGUACGCCGUGGCGUCCGUGUAGGCUUGGCUAGCACAGAUAUGGAGGAUGGCAAUGCACGCAACCUGAUUUGGGAAGCUGGGUGGAACUUGGCACAUAACCAUCAGUUGUCGGUUGAGGAUGCUAUUGGGUUGGUUACUUGGAACGUGGCCGAAAUGUUCAAUUUGGAUCGACCAGAGAACCCUGAUCCAGUCGGUGUUUUGCGUCAUGGUCGCAAAGCAGAUUUCGUCGUAUAUAACGGCGAUCCAUUUGUCUUUGGCACUCAAGUCUUGAUGGUUUACGGAGGUGGUCAUGCUGGCCCUCUAUGUUUUCCAAAGCAAAUUUGA